GGUCGCAUGGUGCAGAGCUGCACCCCUACCCGUGUCAUGAAUGCCCUGCUGGUCGGUGGGCUGAGCCACCGUAACGCUGCGGUGAGGAGCUGCACUGCUCAGCACCUGGAGAGACUGGCUGAGGUCAUGGGGAUGGCUCGUCUCCUGUCGGGGAAGAAAGACCUCACUGACCGUUUCUUGAUUGCAGUCAGUAAACUGGCUGUGGACCCUGCACAGGAAGUCAGGCAUCAUGGUCGCAAUAUCUUGAGAAACGUGGCCCCCAAUGACGACUUUGCUAAAAUGUGGGACAAAUUCGCUCCGAGGAAAGAGCGAGAAUCCUUGAGGGAGGUCAUCUCAAAGGUUAACCUCAAAGAAAGGUACAUUCUCUCUGGAUGAUUAGAAGAAGUAUGACAAAUGAGCUGAUAUGAUUACAGAACUCCAAUCCCACUGGGCACAGACAUCAGUUCAAUGUCUAGUUUUGAUUUAAAUUUGGGAAAUCAACCAAUGUGAAAUUAACCAAAAAUGUUGGUUAAAAGUUGGGUGAAAAAAUCCAAUUGUGUUUUCCACAUUGAUUCACCGUCAUCACAUAGAUUUUUUUGUUGUUGUUGAAAUGAGGUGGAAACAACGUUUAUUCAACCAGUUUUGGCCCAAUGGGAUGAAUUUAAUAUACUGUAAGAUUAUAUCUUUCUGUCUUUUCUCUUUUUCAACAGGAAUAUCUGAAUAAUCCCCAACUUGACUAUAUGUUUGUAUCUAAAUAUUUGCACAUUUCCCAACUUGACUAUUAUCCCCUCCAGUCCCCAAACUCUAAUAUUUUCGCUCAUUCUAAGAAAUUUGACACUAUCAUCCAAACCCCCAUGUAAAUGCAUCUUUAAGCUGCAUCGACUCCCUGUCCAAGUCCUGAAUUCACUAUAAGGCAAUAUGAACCACAUUCAAAGCACUAAAUGACCUUUCCUCGAAGCUCCUAUCUGAUCUACCAGCUCAAUAGUGGUCUACUGAAACCAUACUCACCAUCUCAGGGGGUGCUCAGAUCAUCAACCACUGACCUCCACACCAUCCUCAAAACCAGCAGUCCUCUUUUGGAGGCAGAUUGGUCAGUGCUCCUGUAUGGCACCAACAUUGUGGAUUUUCAUCCAAUGCUUCUGGACUAUGAGAACAUUCUUUGGACAAUAAAAUUAGGUAAAAUGGAA